CUGACCAGCGGGCGGCGCCGUUUCUUCAGCUGACGAACUACCUCUUUCUGCUGUGGGACUUAUGUUGUAAAAAAUCUUUAAAACUCUUGGUUUUUCUUAAUCCCGUAGCCCCUGCGGAGGUCUGUCUUCUGCUUCUCGCGACCGUGAGGCCAACUCCCCCGUGCGGGAGUCCGGUUCGGCCGCUUCGGGACCUGUUCGGUGAUUUUCUGCUGUGCAGUUGAAGGUUUGACUGCAAAACAAGUUAGCUCAACAGCUAAUUCUAAAAGUCACGUCACCCGCACGGAGUCGCUUUAAAAGUUUACCGCAGAGAAAGAACGAACGCGGAGAGGCUCCGCUUCAGAGGUAACUAAACUUUAUCUCCGGUGUUUUGGCUCGGGCUUCGCAUUUUCCCUGGACUUUACGCCGUCAUAAUUUUACGUAGAAGACGGAGAAGUGAAGCGCAUCUGCGCGGGGGAGGGGGUGCAUGUCUGAGAGCAGAAAUUCGCACGCGGACUUGGUGUUUUUACGGGGGAAAAUGCGUUAGAGGGAGCACAGGUUCGGGCUUGAGUCCCCUGACUCGGCGGCGCGGGGUUUCCUGCUCGUGAGGCCUGCGGGUCGGGCUUCCACCGGGCUAGAGUAGAUCCCCUGACCGACGUCGCGGGUUCUGAGUCGGGCCGGCAGGGCUGUUUCCGCCGGGCCUGCGGACCAAACGAUGGAACGGAUGGAAGUGGACCAGUGCGCAGGCGCAGCUGGCGGUGGAGGAGGCGGGGCUCUUCGGAGAUCGAACAGCGCCCCCAUGAUCACAAACGUCAGUGACGGGAUGACUGUCUUCAGUCCCGUGCCGUUGGCCCGGUUCAGACGCAGCAGCGUGUCCAUCAACCCGUCUCAGACCGUCCCGUUGUCUCCCUUCUCUCUGAGUGGAGACCGGCCCGACCUGAAGAAGCAGGAGGAGAACAUGGAGAUGAUGCUCAGAGACGGUCUGCGCAGACGAAGUCCUUCCAGUCUGGUUCCAGUUCCUGCGGUCGGUCAGUGGCACGAGCACACGUCCACGUGGUUUCCACCGCAGGACAGCAGCGUCACGCCAAACUCGUCUCCGAGUCCCACGCGGAGGUUCAGCAGGCCGGCCGUCAGCGGCGCCGUGAGAUGGCCCGCCCUGACUCCGCUAAAGAGGAAAGGGGGGGUGGACUCAGAGGGGCCCCCUAAGAAGCUGUUUGUUGCAGGGGUGACUGACCCCACCCACUGUAGCAGCUACACCGUCAGUGUCUCUCAAACAAUGACAGAUUCUCCUGCAGGAGGUGCCAGUAUUCAGCCCCGCCCCUUGUCUCUGUCUCCCGCCUCCUCGAUCACCCCCCACCCUCACCCGGGACACUGAAGCUCCAUCGGACCUCGGGACAUUUCCACGCCUGCGCCGUCAUGUCCGUCACCGACAGAACCCCUCUCUGUCAGCUCGGGUUCUCACUGUGACUCCACCCCUUUUGGUCACGCCCACUGCAGGUUAUUCUCAGCAGUCGAUUGUUUAUAUUGCGUCGCACACGUUUUUCUGAAAUGUUUGUCAGCAGAGGCGUGAAUCAUGUGACAGCAACAAGUGUUAUCAGUAUUAGGUUCUUCGCCACAGGGGGCGGAGCCUGAUGUGUCUUUGUAUCAGAGGUUUUAGUCAGAUGGCCGCCAAUGUCCCUGGACUUCCAGACCUCUUCUGGUUUGCUUGCUCAGAAGUCUGGGGUUGACCGGAACAGUGAAACCUUCUCCGACUGACGGGGGAAGAGGGUCAGAACACAACCCGAGUUCCUGUGAGGGUCUACGGAGGGAAGUCUUCACGCCAGAGAAUCCUAACGGAUGUCUUCAAGAACCCCAAACCAAACGGAGAACAGGCGUGCUGGUCAAAGUCAGAAGUUUGAGCCUGCUUGUAACAACGAACUGAACUGUUACAUGUUUGUAAAUAGUCACUUUUGUACAUACGUCACCUGCAGGAGUGUCCUCCUCAGACUUUUCUCUCCAACAGAGAAGUUCUGGAGCGAAUGGCGUUUGAGGGUUCUCGUCACAACUGAGCGGGUGGGUCAGACGGAAGCAUUACUGACAUCUAGUGGCCACGUUGGAGAUGGCAGUGGGGUGUAACAUCGCCCUCUGCUGGUCAGCCACAGAUCUGAGUAAUAUCAGCCCACCGAUGCAGAAAUCCACUCAUCUGUGGUUGAUCGUUCAGGAAUAAGUAAAAGAAACUUCUUAUUUUGAGUUUAUCAAAGCUUUAUUUUGUUAACCCUUUAACACCGGAGCUCCAGUGUUUAUGUUCUUUGAUUUACUGGAACCGUUAACACAAUAAUUCCAGUAGAUUUUGAAGGAGAAAAGCGGCGUGACCGCUUUUCUCCUUCAAAAUCUACUGGAAUUAUUGUGUUAACCGUUGAAAAGUUGAAGUACAUGAAAAUGUUUGUGUUUAAGCGUCACCGGUGACGCCUCAGGUGUUAAAGGGUUCAAGGGUCUGCUCUGGAGCGGCUUUGGAGCUGAAACGCCGUCAGUGUUGAGGACGUUUCACUCGUACUGGAAGCCCAACCUGCUCAUACCAAAUGGAAAGUUGGACCUCCAGAUGAUUGUUCAGUGAUCUCUUCGCUGUGAUCUUCUUUUUAAGAAAUGCACAUUUUAGAGAUGAAGUAUCUGAAAUGUUUGAGAGCAUUUUCUAACUUUAGCCUUUAAACCAAAAGUUUUCCAGUGACAAACACGUUGAUGUUUGCUUCUACAUGCUGCUCGUUUGAACGUCAGAAAUCUGCUCUCCUGUGGAAAGAUCAGCUGAGUGCAGCUGACCAAUCAGAGCAGCCCUUUCAGAUGUAACUCUGAGCUGUUUUUUUUUUUUUUUACAUUUUUUAUAGCAUGUUUAAAACAUGAAACGUUUGGGCUGAAAACGUGAGAAUCUUCACAAAGGGAACUAAAGCACAGCAAGCAUUCAGUGUUUCACUGUAAAUAUUUCACUUUUUCUCUAUGAGACAAACCAUGUAUUUUUAUGCAAUCUAAAGAAGUGUACGAAGUGUUCAUUCCUUCAUGAGCUAUAAAAACGACGCAGAAUUACUGUAGUUUUCAGAGAUGAUUCCCAUACACUAUAAAUAUUAUAUAUAUAUAUUGUAUAUUAAAAUGAAUGAAAUAAACCUGAAUCGUCAGGAGAGGA